UUUAGCAACAACAAAAAACUUUCCCAGAAUCCUCGAGAAGGAGCUCGGCGAAGGUGAUAUCAUCUUCGUAAAUUCAGAUUUACCCAAGCUUUCUUUUCAACCGAAUCCAAUUUAUGUCAUGCACGACAAAAAGGAAAUGUCAUUGUUUAUAUUUUGAGUAAAGUUUCAAUUGUUUUCCCUAGUAAUCACAAAUACUGGUGACCGUCUGUUGGUCGCAGACCGAAGAUGACGUCACAGAUGUAAAUACGACCUGUUUUGUGCAACUCAAGAGGGAUCUACAAAUAUUUCAAACAAAAGAAAGAAAAUGGACAGUGAAGAUGAUAUGAUAUAUGAUGAGGACUCUGAAGGUGAAGUUGAAAUCGAUUCCAGUGAUAAUGAAGACUUCGUGGAAAUGGCUGAACCCUCCUCCUCACAGGACAAAUCUGAACAAGAAGAAUUUCCAUUUGAGGUCUUGACUGCUGAUGAGAUUGUAAAGUUUAUGGUUGAUUGCAUUAAAGAAGUUAAUGUUGUGGUUCAGAUUCCUCCAACAGUUAUAAGAAUUUUACUGAACCAUUUUCGAUGGGAUAAAGAAAAGCUUAUGGAAAGGUACUAUGAUGGUGAUCAAGACAGACUGUUUUCUGAGGCUCAUGUUGUCAGUCCAUUGAGAAAAGAUUCUGGAACCGGAGCAAGGCCAAAGAAAAUGACAAGAUUGGCAACAUCAGCUGAUAGUGUUCCAGCAACUUGUGAGAUCUGUUAUGUGACUAAAUCACAGAAGGAUAUGACAGGAUUAGAAUGUGGCCAUAAAUUUUGCAGUGAAUGUUGGACAGAUUAUUUAACAUCUAAAAUUGUAGAGGAAGGUCAAGGACAACAAAUAUCAUGUGCUGCUUAUGGUUGUGAUAUUUUAGUAGAUGAUGAUACAGUUAUGAAAUUAAUAACUGAUCGAAGAACUAGAUUAAAAUACCAGCAAUUAAUAACCAAUAGUUUUGUAGAGUGUAACAAGUUAUUACGAUGGUGUCCAGCCCCAGACUGUGGGCAUGUAGUAAAAGUUAUUUUCCACGAUGCCAAACCAGUAACCUGCGCCUGUGGCCAUAUAUUUUGCUUUGCAUGUGGAGAAAAUUGGCAUGACCCAGUCAAAUGUAAAUGGUUAAGAAAAUGGAUAAAGAAGUGUGAUGACGACAGUGAAACCUCUAACUGGAUAGCUGCCAAUACCAAGGAAUGUCCAAAAUGUCGAGUGACUAUAGAGAAAGAUGGAGGCUGUAACCACAUGAUCUGUAAAAACCAGAAUUGUAAAGCAGACUUCUGUUGGGUAUGCUUAGGUCCAUGGGAACCACAUGGCUCAUCAUGGUAUAACUGUAACAGAUAUGAUGAAGAUGAGGCUAAGAAAGCUAGAGAUAACCAGGAGGUCUCUAGGGCAAUGCUGCAAAGAUAUCUGUUCUACUGUAACCGGUACAUGAACCACAUGCAAAGUUUAAAGUUUGAAAACAAGCUUUAUGCCUCCGUGAAGUUAAAGAUGGAAGAGAUGCAGCAACACAUGUCAUGGAUUGAAGUACAAUUCUUAAAAAAAGCUGUUGAUGUGUUGUGUCAAUGUAGACAAACUCUUAUGUACACAUAUGUCUUUGCUUUCUAUUUGAAAAAGAACAAUCAGUCAAUUAUAUUUGAGGACAACCAGAAAGAUUUAGAGAAUGCUACAGAACAAUUAUCUGAAUAUCUAGAAAGAGAUAUUACCUCCGAUAUGUUAAAUGACAUUAAACAGAAGGUUCAGGAUAAAUAUAGAUACUGUGAAAGUAGACGUAAUGUAUUACAGGACCAUGUACGAGAAGGUUAUGAAAAAGAAUCGUGGGAGUAUUGGGAUUAUUAUUAAUUAGAUAUAAGAACUAUAUCUAAUGUAUUUUAUAUGUCUAUCAUUGAAUACAUUCUAUCUUUUUAGAUACUGUGAAAGUAGACGUAAUGUUUUACUAGACCAUGUACGAGAAGGUUAUGAAAAAGAAUCUUGGGAGUAUCAGGACUUUUAAACUGUGAAAUGUUAGGUUUUUGAUAUUUUAUUGUGUAAAAUAUUAUUAUUAUAAAUUAAUAAUGUUGUAUGUUUAUAUCGACAUGAAAGGCUUUUAUAUUUUUUAGUCAAACAAAAUCUUUUUUCUUCUGUCAGCAUAGUAAAGAAGGAUUUAUUGAUAAUGCAAAUUACAUUCUGACUUUUUGUGUGUUUUGUUAGGUUUUGUUUUUAAUUAGAUACAAAAUACAUACAAAGACUAAACUGAAAGGAAGUAUUGAAAGUUACUGCUGAGCAGUAGGAAAGAGAUUUUGUUAUGCAUUUAUUUCCUUUUUCUGAAGGAAAUGUUAGCUUGAAGUUCAUGUGUGUAUGUAUGUUUGAAUGUUUGAUGACAUCAUCCUGUACUUAUAUCCCAUGAUGGUAUUUAUUGAUUGAUCUUAUAGAUCUAAGUUUCACAUAGAUUAUUUGAAAACAGCAUUUUUUCUUAGGUGUGACAUUUGAACUGUACUAUUUUGCAUACUUAGUUCUUUAAACAUUAAAUUUAAUGGUAAUAAUGUAUAUGUUCAAGAAGCUUUUCUUUAAAAAUGCCUAUAGCUUUAUAGUAAAUGGUCAGAAACAAAGUAUAUUUUUCUAGUUUGAUAAAUUCUCAUCAUUAUUGUAUGGAAGAACAAUUCAAAUAAAAGUAAAUUUUAUGAAACAAAAAAUUGUGGAAAAAUAAUGAAGAAGAUAAUCUUGCCAAUUAGAAAUAAGAUUUGUAUUGUGUUGGUUGCUUGGGAUUCAUUUUAGGUUUUGUUAGAUUUGUUUUUCAUUAUUUAUGUUAUUUUAGAAGUGCUUAUUAUACACAAAUCUUAAGCUUAAAAAAAUGCAAAACUUCAUGUAAGUAAGAGUAUUAGAGAUUAUUAUUGAAUAAACAUUAAGUUUUCAUCAAAUCAAAAUUUAUUGGUACAAGUCUUGAAACACAUAGAAGUUUAAGAGAUUAUUUUAUUUAAAUUAAAGAAAAUUUAUGGUUAGUCAUUUCAGUCUGGGGUACUGAAAACUAUUCAGAAGAAAUUAUUUUAGUUAAAUGCUAAGUUUACUUUUCCAUAUGAUAUAAAUAUUGUUUUGAACCCUAACAAAUUAAAAAAUAAAUGUGUAAUUGUAUGAAAUAUUUGCUGUGUGAAUCAUUUCUUAGAGAAAGUUGAUUUUGAAUUCUAUAUAUUUACCCUCAAUUUAAAGAGUUGUCUCCCAUUACUUGUCUUUUGUUGCAUAUUUAUAGCACUUAUUUUGACACAAAAUUAUUCAAAACAAAGGUGAACAGUGUGUUUGUGAAUUUAUCAAAGUUAAUAUCAAUUGUGUUUAAGGCAAACCACAAUUUUUUUUGUAUGUUUGUCAUUUUAUGUUUUAAUCUGAUUAGAUGUGUUUAACUCUAUUUUUGUCUUCACGAUUCGACUUGAUUCAUGAUGACUAUUUUCAGGAAAUUUAAUCAUCUCAAAAUUCAUUUCAAAAGCAAAAAGUCUGGUCAGUUCUGGAAUUUAGAUUACUAAGUACUUCUGUUCCAUUAUUAUUAAUUUUUAAUUUGUCUGGCUUUUCUUUUAUUUGCUGAUAUAACUGCUAGUUAAUAUAUUUUAUAGAUAUACUGUGGAUUCAUUAUUAUUCGUUGGAUACCAAUUUUCGUGGGUUUCGUGGGUACAGGUGAACCACUAAUUCAAAUGUUCAACAAAUAUCAUAUUUUCAAAAGGCUUUGUAUACAGAGAGUGGCGAAACCGCGAAAUCAAAUAUCCAGGAACAUGUAAGUUUUCAGUAAUCCACGAAAAUUGAUACCCACGAAAAUAAAUGAAUCCACAGUAACUGAAAAUUGAGCUUAGAUGCAAUUUGAAAGGAAAAUAAACCUGAACAAGAAGCUCUGCUUUGUUUUUUUACUGCCUAAACUUUUUAAAACAAUUAAUUUGAGCUUAUUUCUAUUGGUACAAUUGUAUUGUUUUGUUGCCUGUAUUCUUCCAUAAUUCUAUUCUAAAAGUUGUAAAAGGAAUGCUUUCAGUUGAUGUAGAAUUGAACAAACAGUAAAAUCAGUCCAUUCAUUAUCUUUAUUCUCAAUAACCAAAUUUUAAUAUGGUUAAUAUGGAAAUGACAUUUUUCAAGAAGCAACAUUUGUAAUGCUAGGUGAUAUAAUUCGUACUGUGUUUCAUCCUUCAAAACCAUUAAAAAAAUAUUGAUUAAAUUCAACCAUUAUUCUUAUAAUGCUUUAUUAUUAAAACUUUAUUUCUCCCCUGCAUCUAUAAAAAGAUCUUUGUCAUACUCUGCAUUGUAUUGUUCAAAUUAUUGACUUCUGUGAAAUUGUUUUAGGUAAGAUGCAUUCUGUUCAUUUUAAUUUUUAUUUCGAAGGCCUAAAUAUUGAAAAAAAUAACAAAUAUCAUGUUUGGCUUAUUGUUAUUUGAAUACCUAGAAAAAGAAUGAUUGAAUACAUGUGAAUUUCUUUUUAAAUUAGAACUGCUUUGUAAAUUGUGAUGGCAAUUGAAACAUGUGAACAUGAAGUUGUUACAAUAUCACCUUAUUAUCAAGGGAAUAUGUAUGUUUGUAUGAUGUUUUGUAAUGUUGCAUAUUAAGAUAAGAAUGAAAAUAAAAUCAAAAUAGUA